AUGGCGCUAGAAAGGCUGACAGAGUCGUUCGCAGUGCAUCUACGAGGACAUGAUACCACGGCAGUCCAGGAGAUAUCAGUUCCUGAGACACCAGGCAAUGCACUUCGUGAAGCAUUUGACACGGGAAUAAAUAGCCAGAGUGCCACGGUGCCAAUGCCAUCCGACAGACUGCACACCAUCGAGACACAUAUCGACAACCUGAACGAGAUGAUUCAGGCUCUACGAGCGCAAUGGCUUGCUGGGAGUCGCCACCCCGGACCGCAGAGGCCGAUAUCCAGCACCCAGGAGUCGACUCUGUCCAGCGAAUCGACUUCAGAAUCCGCUGAGUCGAGCUCUGACACUAGCUACACUAGCUACGUGGACCUGGCUUUCUUGACAUCCCUGUGUGAUGAGGUUGCAGAGCUUGGCGAGGCGCUUAGUAACCAAGCCAGGUACUUGCUGGACUUGGAGCAAACAUCGCCCACGGAAGCAGAGUCAGAGCCAGAAUACCAAGCAGAAGCGGACUCUCGUCGGCCUCUCCUGACUCAAGGACACCUCUUCGCACCGUCCUCGUUGCAGACCGGCGUUGAACCACGACCCAUACCGGUUAGUCGACGGGCGCCUGUGGCGUCGGCUAUGCCAUGGGAUGCCACUUCGGACGUGGUGAUGGACCAGACUGGCAUCGACUGGGCUUACUUUGAUCAAGUUCUACACGAGAACGGCCACCAAGAACCAGAUCCCGGCCCUCAACUUUGA